CGUGGUUCUCCGCGGGCCAGGUCCGCGCGGCGGCUCUCCGCUUUAGCUCGGGGGUGUCACUGGGUCCGCCGGCGCGGGCCCUUCUGUAGUCGCCACCAUGCCCAUGAAGGGCCGCUUCCCCAUCCGCCGCACCCUGCAGUACCUGAGCCAGGGCGACGUGGUGUUCAAGGAGUCGGUGAAGGUCAUGACGGUGAAUUACAACACGCACGGGGAGCUGGGCGAGGGCGCCAGGAAAUUUGUGUUUUUCAACAUCCCACAGAUCCAGUAUAAGAACCCUUGGGUGCAGAUCAUGAUGUUUAAGAACAUGACGCCAUCGCCCUUCCUGCGCUUCUAUCUAGAUUCUGGGGAGCAGGUCCUGGUGGAUGUGGAGACCAAGAGUAAUAAAGAGAUCAUGGAGCACAUCAGAAAAAUCUUGGGGAAGAAUGAGGAAACCCUCCAGAGGGAGGAGCAGGAGAGGCAGCAGCGCUCUCAUCCAGCCAACUUUGGACCCCGGAAGUACUGCCUGCGGGAGUGCAUGUGUGAAGUGGAAGGGCAGGUGCCCUGCCCCAGAUUGGUGCCCUUGCCCAAGGAGAUGACAGGGAAGUACAAAGCUGCUCUGAGAGCCAGCAUGCAGGACUAAGCAAGGCCACUGUGGACUUGGCUGGUGGUCUCUGUCUGGGGUGGACAUUGGUUACUUUGCCCCCACAGAUGCUGGCAAUCUGCCCACCUACAUAAAAGACUUGGGGAAGAGGGCUGUGGUUACCAGCUGCUGAGUGGUAUCAAUAAAAGACUUAGUCACUUCUGCA